GUUUUGGAGUUUUUCGCAGCUGGCCAAGAACUUAGAUCCACUCAAUCGGCAGCAAAGUUUAACUAUAGACUCCGUCCUGUUAAAUGUUCUGGUUUAGUUACUGACAAAGUGAACUCUUCAAGGCCUUCUGAUGCAGAAUAUGUGCCUUCAAAUUCGUCAAUGGAUUUGGUUACUGCUGCUGUCAAUGCAAUUUUCUCGUACAAGCCAUUUUAUAAUUUUGCAUCAAAGAAGGCUCGUGAAAUGAUUAUCAAACGUGGAACUGAUAUUGGCCAGCCUUGGGAGGCAGAGCUCACACAGUUGCGCUUGCAUGACUGGGAAAGUGAGUUAAAGGCUGUACAGAAUCAGGAUAUAGUUUAUCCUGAGUAUUACUUGAAGCCAUUUCAUGCAUACGAGGAAGGAAAUUUAUCAUGGCAAGCUGCAUUAGAGGUGGAACUUGCAGCUAAAUCAGUUCAUGCAAAUGUCUUUGAUCCUCAGAGGAAGAAACUCGACCCUGAAGGUGAUUCUAAAUUGCGGUCAGGAUAUCAUGAGAAAAUUUGUGCUAUGAUCAAGGCAACUCCUAAAUCAAUUGUUGAUUUUGGUUGUGCAACAGGUCUUAGCACAUUUGGCCUCCAUCAGGUGUUUCCUGGAGCAGAUAUUGUGGGUGUUGACCUUUCGCCAUACUUCUUGUCUGUGGGGAAUUUUUGCUUGAAGGAGAAGUCAAAUGAUGGUUACUUGCCAAUACAGUUUUUGCAUGCAAUGAUUGAAGAUACAGCUCUUCCAAGUCAUUCCUUUGACUUAGUCUCACUUUCCUCAGUCUGUCAUGAACUGCCAAGUUCUGUCACUGAGCAGGUCAUAGAUGAAGCAAAUCGGCUUUUGAAGUCUGGUGGGGCCCUUUGUAUUAUGGAAAUGAAUCCACAUUCUCCUCUAGUUCAGAAGAUGGUCAAUAAUGUCUUUGCCUUCACUGCGUUUAAAGCUACAGAGCCAUAUUUUGAUGACUAUAGAACAUUUUCAAUUGAGAAAGCAAUUGAAGAGAGAGGGUUCACUUUCCCAUUUCAGGCAGACAACUCCCCACGGCAUAGAACUAUUGUUGCCCACAAAAGAUAAAUCAAUUUAAUGUGCAUGGUAAUUUCUUAGAAAUCAUGCUAAUUUUGUGAUCAGAAUAAUAUAAGCUAUAGUGUGUGUGUUCUUUAACUAGCUGUAUUACAUCAAUGCCAUUGCAACUUCUGUAUGCAAAAUUCUUGGAAACAAUUGGUUCGGCCCACAAUUUAUUUAGUUUAUGUUUCAAAAGUUAUCGAAUA